UCCCAUCUGGACCCAUUUCAACCUCCCCUAGUCAUUGGGUUGGUCCUAAUAAAGGCAUGACAUGGAGGGUGGGUCUGGUUUAUAAGGUCUACUUCCGGCUGGGGACGACUAAAGGUGCAACACCGCUCUCUACCUUCACAUGCUGCAAAAAAACUUUGUAAUUGUGCUGCUCUUCUCAUGCGGGGCUGUAUAGCCGUAUUGGGGAUGAUGGUUGGGGAGAGGGGUUAAAAUUGGGGGCAGCGCCUCUGCUUGGAUAGGAGGACCCCUUCAGAAGCAGAGUUCUCUGACGUUUGAAGUGUCAGCCCAUGCUUGUCAAAGGGGGUCCCUCAUAAGGUUAUGCUGAAUGAUGCGUUGCCUCCUCAUCAGCCAAGACCAACGCCAUGAUCCAAUUCAUCUGCCUGACGGUGUGAUGGUGAUUCUUGGCAGAGGACCUAAGACUCUUGUUACUGAUAAGAAAUGUUCACGGAUGCAAGUGGAGUUGCUGGCAAAUUAUGCCUACAGAUCUGUAAGAGUCACACAGCGGGGGGUGAACCCCACGUCGGUGGAGGAGAUCCACUUGCGUUGUGGUGACAGCACAACACUUCAAGAGAAAGAGACACUGUGCUUAGUGAAUGGACUGUACCGUUAUUUCAUCCGUUUUGAACCAGAUGCCUGCUCCCCAAAGAAAACCGUACGGGACUACUUCAGCCCCCAAUGCCCCUUGAAGGAGGAUGACAAUAUGGCCCAGGCAUCCAAGCGGCCCCGGGCCUCCAGCCCUUCUGAGGAUGAAGAUGAUGAUGAUCCUUCUGUGAUGGAAAAACUGAGACAGCUACAGGAGGUGGCAGCUCAGGCGAAGCAGGCACGACAGCCUUCCCCGGAGACCCUCCCAAAUGUGUCUUCCCAUCCUCGUGACUCCUGGGAGGACUUUGGCAAGCUCUUGGUCUUCACAAAGAAAGGGGUGAUGCCAAGUGCCAAAAUUGCAGGUUUCGAUUUGGAUGGAACUAUCAUUACCACAAAGUCUGGGAAGGUGUUUCCAACGAGCCCCGACGACUGGAAAAUCCUGUACUCUGAAGUCCCCCGCAAGCUGAAGCAGGUUUUGAGUGAGGGGUAUAAGGUUGUGAUUUUCACCAACCAACUAGGCAUCAGCCGGGGACGUCUCAGGCCUGAAGUUUUCAAAGCGAAAUUGGAAGCUGUGGUCGAGCGGCUGGGUAUCCCAAUACAGGCCUUUGUGGCAGUGGGCUCUGGCAUUUACCGCAAACCUGUCUUGGGCAUGUGGGACCACCUGUGCCAAAAGGCAAACGGCGACCUCUCUGUUACUUUGAACCAAAGUGUCUACGUGGGAGAUGCAGCUGGUCGUCCACCGAACUGGGCCCCUGGGCAUAAGAAGAAGGAUUUCUCAUGCAGUGACCGCCUGUUUGCUCUGAACGCUGGCCUGCCCUUCAAAACCCCCGAAGAAUACUUCCUGGGCUGGAAAGAGGCUCCAUUUUCACUCCCUGACUUCGAUCCGCGAACGCUGGAUCCCAAGGCACGGCUGUAUGAUCCCCCAGAUGCUUCCCUGACCUCCUCCUCUCCAGAGUUGGUUUUGGCCGUCGGCUUCCCUGCCGCUGGCAAGUCGACAUUUGUGAAGCAGCACUUGGUCUCGGCUGGUUAUGCCUAUGCGAACAGGGACACCCUUGGUUCCUGGCAGAAGUGUGUGGCUGUGUGCCAGUCGGCAAUCCAGGAGGGAAAGAGCGCAGUGGCGGACAACACAAAUCCAGACUUGGAGUCGAGAGGCAGGUACAUCGACUGUGCCAAGGCGCUCGGGGUUCCCUGCCGGUGUUUCCUCUUCACGGCCUCAUUGGAGCAAGCCAAGCAUAACAACAGAUUCCGAGAAAUGACUGAGAAGGAACAUGUGCCAGUUAACAAUAUUGUCCUGAACACCUAUAAGAGUAAAUAUGUAGAACCAUCGCUCGAGGAAGGUUUUGCUGAAAUCCUGAAGAUUCAUUUUGUGCCUCAUUUCACAAACCCAGAGAUGGAGUCACUCUACCGUCAAUUUUCAGAAGGGUGAAAGCAACGUAGCCCUGUGCCAGCCCUGGGGCUCUCCCACCCAAGCCAUCAGAACCACACACACACCCAACCACCACGAGGAAGGAGAGGGUGAAAAGCAAAGUAUUUGGACUGAGGGAAAGGGCCCUUGGGCUGUUCGAAGUGGAGAAGAGGCUAAUUGACCAUUCCUCGUCCUCUGCAAAAACCAUUUUAAAAAGUAGUGUGAAAUAAAGUUUAUAACCAGA